AUGGUGGUCGCUCAACGUCUUUCCACCACAGGCCCUAACUUUGAUGAUCCGCACCUCUAUCAAUCACUUGUGGGAGCUCUCCAAUAUCUCACCAUCACUCGGCCGAACAUCACUCAUGCCGGAACUCUUCGAUUUGGUUUAUCCUUCACCUUGUCUUCGUCUCAAGAACUCCUUGCUUAUUCUAAUGCCGAUUGGGCGGGUUGGCUUGACACACAUCGCUCGAUUUCUGGUUAUGCAAUCUAUUUUGGUGACAACCUAGUGUCCUGGAGCUCUAAGAAGCAGCCGACAGUUUCGCACUCCAGCUAUGAAUAUGAAUAUAGGGCUUUAGCACUCACGGCCUCUGAGGUUAAAUGGCUCCAGCAUCUUCUUCGUGAUCUUCGUGUCUCUCAUUCGUCUCCUCCUGCAAUACUUUGUGAUAAUCAAAGCUCAAUCUUCCUUGCCGUUAAUCCGGUCUCUUCCCGUUAA